AUUGGCUGGGAAGGGUCCCCGGAAGUGAUGCACCGAGAAGCCCACGUGUGCGGUUCCAGCUCACAUGGCGGUUCUCCUGAAGAGGCUGCUGCCGUCCGCGAGGCCCGUCGCGGCCUUGGGCCGCUCCGUGGGACGGCGCGAGGCCAGCCUGGGCAUUGAUCCCGGGGCUGCAGUGCGGGUGCGGUUCGCCCCCAGCCCCACAGGCUUCUUGCAUCUGGGUGGCCUGCGCACUGCCUUAUACAACUACAUCUUUGCCAGGAAGCACCAGGGGAGCUUCAUCCUCAGGCUCGAAGACACGGAUCAGACCCGUCUUGUGCCCGGAGCAGCGGAGAAUAUUGAGGACAUGCUAGAGUGGGCAGGCAUCGGCCCUGACGAGAGCCCCCGCCGGGGAGGUCCGGCGGGGCCGUACCAGCAGUCGCAGCGACUGGAGCUGUAUGCCCAGGCCACGGAGGCGCUGCUGGAGUCCGGCGCCGCUUACCGCUGCUUCUGCUCGCCGCAGCGCCUGGAGCUCCUGAAGAAGGAGGCCCUGAGGAACCACCAGACGCCCCGGUAUGAUAAUCGGUGCCGGAACCUGAGCCAGGGGCAAGUGGCCCAGAAGCUAGCCACAGGCCCCAAGCCCACUAUCCGCUUCCGCCUGGAGGGGGAGGCACCAGCCUUCCAGGACUUAGUGUAUGGCUGGAAUCGGCAUGAAGUGGCCAGUGUGGAGGGGGACCCGGUCAUCCUGAAGAGUGACGGCUUCCCCACAUACCACCUGGCCUGUGUGGUGGACGACCACCACAUGGGCAUCAGCCACGUGCUGCGGGGCUCCGAGUGGCUCGUCUCCACCUCCAAGCAUCUGCUUCUCUACCAGGCCCUGGGCUGGCAGCCACCUCGCUUUGCCCACCUGCCCCUGCUCCUCAACAAGGAUGGCAGCAAGCUGUCCAAGAGGCAAGGGGACAUCUUCCUGGAGCAUUUUGCUGCUGCCGACUUCCUGCCGGACGCCUUGCUGGACAUCAUCACCAACUGUGGCUCGGGGUUUGCAGAGAACCAGAUGGGCAGGACCCUGCCAGAGUUGAUAACACAGUUUGACCUGACCCGGGUCACCUGCCACUCAGCCCUGUUGGACUUGGAGAAGCUCCCGGAAUUCAAUAGGCUGCACCUGCGGCGGUUGGUGAGCAGUGAGACCCAGAGACGCCAGCUGGUGGGGAAGCUGCAGGCCCUGGUGGAGGAGACGUUGGGCAGCCAGCUGCAAGACAGGGAUGUCCUGGACCCAGCCUACGUGGAGAGGAUCAUCCUGCUGAGGCAGGGUCACAUCUGCCGCCUGCGGGAUUUGGUCUCCCCGGCACAUUCCUACCUGUGGACUCGCCCUGCCGUGAGCCGAGCGCAGCUGGGCGCCAUCUCGGAGAAGGUGGACGUGAUUGCCGAGCGUGUGCUGGGGCUUUUAGAAGGAUCCAGUAUAAACCUAACUCAGGACGUGCUGAAUGGAAAACUGAAGAAGGUAUCAGAAGGUCUGGAAGGGACCAAACACAGUAACGUUAUGCAAGUCCUCCGAGUGGCCCUCAGUGGACAGCGGGGACCCCCGGUAGCUGAGAUGAUGGUGUCCUUGGGAGCAAAGGAAGUACGGGAACGAAUACAGAAGGUGCUUUCCAGCUAGAGACAAGAUAGGACAAUGGAGAUGGCCCUAGAAGCCUGGACAUGCAUGGAAACAGCCUUUGGAGCAAAACAGGAAGGGCCUGGGGCCCAUCAGGAAGCUCACAGUAGGACCCUGAGUGGAAACCGUCUCUGGGUGCAUCCAGUGCAUUUAUGGCUUCCUCUCACCUCGUCCUUGGUUCUGACACCACAUUACACGGCACAGGUUAGGAGCUGGUUCAUGGAACUGUCCAGAGGGCUUGCUUGUGUCAUAUUCAGCUCAGGCUCCCAUACUGGUGGCUUAAACAAGGGAAAGCUAGUUCCUCACAGUCCUGGAGUCUGAAGUCCAAGUUCAAGGUGUGAGCAGACGUGGCUUCCCAGAGGCAUCUCUCCUUGGCUUGCCGAUGGCCUCCUCCUCCCUGUGUCCUGACACAGUCCUUUGUCCAUGUGUGCUCUUGGUGUCUCUCGUUGUUCAGACCUCUUCUUGUAAGGACCCAGGUCAGAUCGGAUUAAGGUCCACCGUCAUGGCCCAGUUUUAAUGUACUCUUUAGAGGUCCUGUCUCCACAUACUGUCACGUUCUGAGGUCCUGGGGGUUAGGGCUUUGGCAUAGGCGUGUUGAGGGGAUGCAGUUUAGCCCCUCACAGCUCGGAGCUCCCAGGACUCCCAGGUGGCAGUUCUCAGGCCCUGCUUGGACGCGGAGCAGUAAGGAUGAGUGACACAAGCGGGCUGAACUGGGUGGCAGACUCUCUGGUGCCUGUAAGAGACGUGACUGUCUGCCGAGGGUGAGACUGCGCUCUGUGCCACUCUGAUACACUGUGCUUUGUCCUUGCGCCGGGCACUGUGUGUCUCCUUCUCUAAAGGUCCUCUCUUCCUCUCUUCUAGUUCUCUAGACCUGGUCCUUAAAUGAGACCUUUGUCCUGCCUGUUUUACACCUUUUUCUUCAUACCGUCCUGCCCAUUCUUGUAAGUUGUUGUCUGUGGGUUUCUGAAAUAAGAUGUGUUUUUUUUUAACUUUUACUUAUAAAAGACCCUGCUGAGGCUUCUACGUUUUCCCUGUGUGGCAGCCAGCCUCCAAAAUGUCCCCCAGGCAUUCCUCCAUCCUAGUAGGCACAUUGAGUAGGGCGACUUGUGAUGCCUCAUGGCUUCACUCUUGCCCUCUUGGAUCGCUAGCUCUGUGGGAAGCCAGCCUCCACGUCACAGAGACACUCGGGCAGCCCUCUGGAUCGUCCGUGGGACAGGGACUGAGACCUCCUGCCCACAGAAGUGUGAGCGAGUCAUCUUGGAAGCAGAUCUUCCAGCCCCGGUCAGGUGGUUAGUCCAUCCUUCAUCAAGGAUCCUGAGCCAGAACCACUUAGCAAAGUCACUCCUGAAUUUCGGACACACAGAGGUUAUAAGAUAAUAAAUGUUUAUGGUCUAAA